UUCCUCGGUCAAGAUAUACAGAUUAAUCAUCAUUCGGGUUCUAGCAGUAGGAGAUUGGCGUGUGGGCGUGAUUAUGCCAAAGCGACCACGCGGGCGAGAGCAGCCUUUCAAACCGCACCGUCAUCAUCUUCCCCGCCCCGGCGACUCUUAUUACUUUGCAGCCAAGGCUUAAGCCGCGUGCACAGGCCGGUGCAGCGCCUGCAUGCUUCUCCUCGGGGCAAAGCAAGGAAUCGGCAAAAAACAGCCUGCAUGCAGGUUACUACAGUACACUGCAGCUAGCAAAAGCACGGCGAUCCCCAAAUCCACCCAAGAAUCGAACACGCACGAACUAACCCGAGCUUACCUCUCCCCGACAAUGGCCGGCGCAAGCGCCACACGGCCAGCUGCCCCCACGCAGACUGCCGGGCGCGUCUCCGCGAAGCCGAUCCCCGCGGCGCUCGUGCCCGCGGCCGUGCUGCUGGCCGUCGUGGUCGCCGUCCUCUCCCUGCUGCCUUCCGUGGCCCAGGCCGUGUGGGAGCUGCCCCAGCUCUUCCUGCUCGGCAUCGUCGUCUCCUACGGCGUCUUCGCCCAGAACCACAAUAAGAACGCCGCCGCAGCAGCCGCAGGCGAUGCCGCGGCUGACAAGGACGGCGGCGGCGCCGCCCGGGCGUGGAGCUCCCGGUACCACCCGGACGACCCUCUCGUCGUGGUUGCCGAACACGGAGAAGACGGCGAUGAUUGCGCGGGCGGGAGGCCGUUCUCGUUGCCGGUGCGGAGGCUGAAGCCGGUGGUGGAAGAGUCCGAGGCCAGCGGCGCCCGCAGCGACGACACCGCCGCCAUUGAUGAAGAGACGGCUAGUAGCUCUGCUGCGUCGUCCACGGCAGGAUUCUGGGCCGGCGCGCCCGGCGCCGCAGCCGCUCCUUCGCCGCCAUCCGUUCUUGACGCCUUCGACUCGCGGAAGUACAACAACAAUGCUGUUGCUGCAACGCCGGCGCAGUCCACCGUGUCCAAGGGGUUCCCGGGUUACGACGACGAUUCUCUGUCGUCGUUGCCUCGUGAUGACCGGUCUUCGUUUGACGACGAGGCGGAGGAGGAAGACGAGGGCACCGACUGGGACGAGGAUGCUGAUGGGUUAAUGGAUGACAUGACCGCCGCGUCGUCGGAAAGGUCGUUCCCGGGCGACUUCGUUGCUUGUGGCAAUCGUGUGUACAAUAACGGCGAUGGCGAGUCUGUGGACGAAGAGCUUCUCGAACUGGCGAAGAAGGCGGGGCCGGAGGGGGAGGACGAGGUGGACAGGAAGGCCGACGAGUUCAUCGCCAAGUUCAGGGAGCAGAUCAGGUUGCAGAGGACGUUGUAGCCGCCGGGCGGCCAUGACAUGUAGGCAUGCAUGCAUGCUAAGGCCACACGCUUCGUGCCAUUCAUUGUGGACGGAGAAGAUGACGUACGUGCUUGUCAUUUGUUCAUCUGUAACGUCAUGUUUUCUUCCUUGUAUCAUUUUCUUCUUUCUUUGCAACGAAUUUGCUUCUCUCUUUAGGUGCAACAAUGCCAUUAUUAGAGGCUGGAAGAAGGUGUCAAUGAAUGGAAACCAGUGUCCAUUCAGUGCACCCAUUACCAUUUUCGCAAUAUAGAUUAACAAGUUAUAACCGUUUUA